AUGUCUCCACUCCAGCUGGAUCCAGCAGCUCUGGCCAAGCUGCCGCCAGGAGAUCUCAGUGAGAAUAUUGGACAUCGUGUCAUGAAUCUCGCUAUCGCAUUUCUCGUCCUGCAGUCUGUUUUUGUCGUGCUGUUCUACAUUUCGCGAUACCUCAACAAGAUGCUCAAUGGAUGGGAGUGUUGGCUCUUCAUGCCAUUGGCAUACAUAUUCUGCACGGCUUUGUGUAUAUGUGGAGUCCUAGCCGUGAAGAUCGGCGGAGAAGGCCGACAUAUCGCAGCUGUUCUGUUAGAAGACCCGAAUAUCGUCACAAACCGGAUCAAGAUCGACAAGGCGGUAGAGUACAUCGACCUUGCGGCUAUUACCAGUGCCAAACUCGCCAUUCUAUGUCUGUACAUCCGGAUCUUAUCCUUAUGGCGCAGCUAUCGGAUCGCGAUAUACCUCACUGGCACGAUCAUUGUCUUGACCUGGAUUGCGGCAAUAUUGCUUAGCACAACAAUUUGCCACCCGUAUUCAUAUCAGUGGGACCCUACGAUCGAGGGCGGUCAUUGCGGAGACAUGAUAAGAGCAUACCAGUUCAUCUGUGUUCCGAACAUCCUCACAGAUUUCAUAAUGCUACUUAUACCUCUUCCUGCAGUCUACAAAUUGCAUGUCCAGUUGCCUGCCAAGAUUGGUAUUUUCGCUACGUUCCUGACCGGAUCUGUUGGAAUUGUCACCUCGGUCCUCCGAAUGCUAUCCUUCCUCAACGACGCCCAGCUGCUUAACGACUUAACCUACAACUCCAUUCCCACUUUCAUCUUUACCAUCAUAGAAGCUGGUGUCUACUUGAUAGCGGCCUGCAUGCUCAGCCUUCGUCCUCUCAAACGCCACAUUUUCAAGGACAAAAGCUUCACCAAAUGGGUUGGGUCUUAUCUGGAUAGAUUCUCCAGAGGUAGCUCGCAAGGCUCGAUCUCGUUUGGCGGGCUCAAAUAGGGUAGGGUGCCGAGAAGCACCUCGAAUCAAAUGGACUCGCGAGAACGGAAUGCACAGAGUCUGGAGCCGAAGACCAUUGCUACGACACAUUUGAAAGAAGAUGGUUCUCCCAGGUCGGAAGAUCGGCACGGGUUGGUGUCUUCGACAUGGGAAGGCCGUGAGACUGUGUGAUAGUUAGGUUACAUAUCUCAAGGGUUUUGGAAAGGGUCUAUGAGAUCAUAUGCAUUGGCUUGUUCAUCGAGCUACAAGUGUUCACAGCGAUAAAGAUAUCAUUCUACAUCCACAGCUGUGUAGAAGUCAACGUUAUCAGACUUCAAGGUAUCGAAAGCGUGGGUCCGUACCUUCGCGUGACUGCAACCAAAACACAAUGGUAAUACAGUGGGGCAUAGAAUGCAACAUAUGCGUUACACAGGCUGCGCCCCGUCAACCCAGAGAAGUACAUAGGUUUAUGAGAACUGCUGAUCUGUGCAUCGAAGACUCUUAUAGCUGGCGUAC